GAAAGCCUAAGUCCUCAACAGAACCGUCUCAUCACACAAUGGAUUUGAAUGAUGAAUAAACCUCUACACUGCAGGAUACACCUGUUCAACGAGCCCUACAAGAAGCGUACCGUAUUGCGUGGUGUGAGGAGGUUUCAGUAUCAUCUUCGCGGCACUGGUGAGCAACUCUUUUACGGAACCAGUCAUGGUCCAAGAUCAACUGAUCAUGGGCGAGACAAGGUAUAUUUGAAAGCUGUGCUUUCAUGCCAACACAUCACCAAUUACAGCCCAACACUGACCGCUCUAGUGUCGGUUCUGAACGAUGCACGUCCCGACAAAUUGGCAUUUACUCCACAUCAUCGAGCAUUCGAGAUAUUGCAAAUCGACAGUCACUCGCCUUGCGUCGUUGGAGGAGCAAGUCGUCAAGACAUGCUCAUCCUCUUAUGGACAGAGAUGACUGCACGCAGUCGGCAUGCUCGGAUAUCACGGCCAUCACAAAUGGCAACACUACCUUUCUACCAGAGCUGAACAGCACCCCUCCAAUGCCUAGUUUUCAGAAGCAGCAUAUGAAGGACGCACCCAUGUCCUCCGAAAUCGCCGAUAACAGCGGGUCUUUGCAAAAGAACGGAACACAAAGCGCUAUGCAAAUACGCGAACUGUUUGAAAAUAGUACACCGAGACCUGAGAUGCCCGAGCGAAGUAUCAUUUCGAGACCAACGAACCUAGGACGAGUGGCAAGCGUCCUCCGUGCUUCGACGAAGGCAGGCGCCCGAACCGCACCAUUCCCUCUUCAAAAUCCCCAUGACAGAUCAACACUACCUCUUCCCGCGAAUUGGACCAAACAACAUGACAAGGCCAUUUGCAUUCUUGACGUGAAAAAUUACAGCCUACCAGCAAUGAUUAUCAAGCUCCGUUGCACGUUCCCGUCCUUGCAAGGCACGCUGACGCCCGCCAUGAUCGACAAGCGUCUGCAACAGCUUGAUCAGAACGUGGAGCUCGAUUAUUAUCGUGCGGGAUUGCAGAAGAACAACCGCCCUGAUCGAACGAAGCUGGCGCUGCCUCCGCUCCCCCCAUCGCCUCUAGCACUAGAACGUAGCGCAAAGAGGGCUUGGCAGGCAAGCAGCCGUCGUGCGCCGCCCAUUGUGAGGAAGAGCGACGAGACCGUGAGGUUGGCGGAAGUCGGGCGGCCAGUGCUCAGGGUAAGCUGACUCGAACUUUCAAUCUUGAAAGGCUCUGAAAACC